AGCAAACUGUUUUUGCUAAAACCAGGUGUAAGUAAAACAAACCUAAAUACUAUUUUUUGUGAAAAGCGUUUCCACGUGAACUCUUCAACUUUGAAUUGAUUGUGUCAAUUUAUCUUUCUCGAGUAAUUUCUUCAAAUAUUAUUUCUAAGAGUUUCAAAAAAAGUUGACUAAAUCUAAAAAAUAAUUUAUCUCAUAAUGCCAGAUACUUUGACGUGUAUGGUUCGGGCCAUCAAGAUAGUGGCCAUAAUUGGGGCCAUACUUACCAUUACAGGUAUCAUUCUCCUGGUGGUGGGGGGCUUCAACUUUGUCCCUGCUCUCAUGAAGCUAGGAGCCAUGCAAGCAGCCGCUGCAGCUGCACAAAAUUCAACAGGUGACAUGUCUUCAACUCUGUCUGUGGACUCUGUGACUUUGCUAGCUUCAACCCCCAAUGCGACAGCCGAGGCAGAGGCAGAGAUGGAUCCCAUGGUUCUGGGACUCCUAGGAGCCGUGACUGGAGGCCUCGUCAAAAUGUACAUUGGGGGCGGGCUCCUGGGAGUGGGGUUGUCGAUGUUGACUGGAUGCCUGAUUGUGUUCUGUUGCUGUGUGAGGCCACAGCUUCUAGCUGCAGCCGCGGGGGAGGGGGCACGCAGUAUGCAGUACAAUGUGGUCACACUACCCGGGGGGCACCACUUGGACUCCAAAAUGUCAUCCAUGUAGCCGAGAAAAACAACAGUGGGUGAACUUUCCUCAUCACAGAAGGAAGGACCCAAAAUGCGCCAAUUAUUUCGACCAAAAAACUUUCAUUAACAGUCAAAAAAUAGAGUGAUAUUCUAAUCAGAUAUUUCAUAUCUUCGUAUAGUAGAUUAUGAUUGGCUAGAAUAACUUUUGGACAUUCGGUCCUUCUGCUGGUAUGAGGGACUACCCCGAAACAAACUUUAUAGAAACAAAAAACAACAUAGUUGAAAGGGUUCUUUUUCGUUUCGCAAGUUUACCGGCCACUUUUCACAUGUUUUAUCUUUGUUCACGCAGCCCCGCAAAAACACUUUGCGCAUACAGUGAGUACUCUGCUCCAAAA